AUGGGAAAGAUGGCGAAGGAUCGGCGCCAACAAUUUUAAAAACAGUUCUUAUUGUUAUUCAUUGCGUGCGAGAUCUUCGUUGAAUGAGCAACGUUACGUGUAUAAACGUUUUUUACAUUUCAAUAUAUAUUGAAAUUUCUUAGAAGUGAAAAUCGAUUUUAUAAGAAUGCCAAAACGCAAAUACAUUGUUGAAGAAAUAAGAGCUGCCCGUUUUGUGAAGGGAAAAAAGCAAUUCUUCAUAAAAUGGCUUGAUUAUCCUAUUCAACAGGGCACUUGGGAACCUGCGGAAUCUUUACAAGAAGACAUUGCCGAUGAUGUGGCAGAGUUUGAGAGGAAAUAUGCAAACAAUCCAUUCAUAAAUGGCUUUGCAUCCAAAUAUAAGUUGGAGAAAAUAGUAAGUAUUCUACAGAUUCAUGGUGAUAUAUAUUUUGCAGUCAAAUUUGCUGGACAUGAUAAAUUAUAUGUCUUACACUCUGCAACACUUAAUAAACAUGCUCCACAAAUGGUCAUAAAAUUUUAUGAGCAACGAAUACAAUUCCGAAAUGUUUAGAUUACAAACGAAAUAUAUAUAUAUAUAUACAUAUAUAUAUGUCUGUAAUGCAUAUAUUCAGAAA